ACAUGCAGAAGAUCCGGAUAUUUUCUCUCUCUCGUGUCAUGUCAUCCCUCCUUUCUUUCUGAAAACCCUAGCGCCGCAGCACGAGAGAGCCGUCCUUAGGUUUCCGCCCAAGGUGUUGGGGAAUUUUCGGCUCGAUUGGAUUGAAGAUGACGGAGAAGGAGGUGGGACGGAUCUUCGUGGGCGGACUCUCCUGGGACACCACGGAGCGCACUCUGGAGCGAGCUUUCGGCGAGUUCGGCAAGGUCAUCGAGACGCAGGUUGUAACAGAAAGAGACACAGGCCGCUCCCGUGGGUUUGGGUUUGUUACAUUCUCGGAACCUCGGGCUGUGGAUGUUGCGAUCCGGGAAAUGCACAAUGGAGAACUAGAUGGUCGGACCAUUUCUGUGAACAAAGCUCAACCUAGAGUGAACAGUAAUGAUGGUGGCUAUGGAUAUGGGGGUAGUAGUUACUCAUCUGGAGCUAGAGGUGGAUAUCGUGGUGCAGCUGACAUAGUACCCGCUGCAAGUGAUGAUUGCUUUAAGUGUGGACGCCCUGGACACUGGGCUCGUGAAUGUCCCUAUUCUGUUGGAGGUAGACCUGGAAGGUACUCUCCCCCUUCCAGGUAUGUCAAUGGCGCUGGUGGGCGUGGUGACCGCUUUGGAGGAUCAGACCGUUUUGCUAAUCGCUAUGUUGAUGAUCGUUAUGAUGGUGGCCGCUAUGCCGAUGAUCGUUAUGGUGGUGGACGCGAUCGCUAUCCUCCAGCUGCUGAUCGUUUUUCUGGCGACAGAUAUGGUGGUGGUGAUCGUUAUGCAUCAGGUGGCUUUGCCAGGGAAAGAAGCUAUGAGAGAGAUGGAGGGCGGCCAGGUGGAAGUUAUUACCGUGAUGAACCUAGAGGAACUGGUGGUUAUGGCAGGGGUGGUCCACGUGUGGCGAAUGGUGACAGAUAUGGGAGUGCUGGACCUGCUCGCCUUGGCGGGAGUUACCGAGAUAGGCCUGCUCCCUAUGAUCGGCCCACUCGCGGCGCUCGCUCGUAUGAUGAACGCUACUGAUGGAAGGUUACCUUGGAGCAGACCCGAGAUUUAAUACAAGAUUCAGUUCCCAGUUGCUACUACCUACUUUAUUUGUGUCCACUAUGUUGAUGCUUCAACUCUCAAGUAUCAUUCUUUUGAGUUUUUUAGUUACUCCAGCCCAUAUGGCAGUACUCAGUUAUUAUUAUUAUGUUCAAACUGUACACACUAGGCAAUGUGCGAUACUUGUUGCUUAUUGUUAUGUUAUUGUCUAAUUACUCUGUA